CUCUCUUUCUCUCUCAUCUUGCAUAUUCUUCACAGUUGCCUCCUUUCUCCAUCGUCUCCAUCUGAAUCAUCUCUCUACACGAUCUUUCUUUGCCACUAAUUACCACCAUAAUCAUCGACAUGCUGAUUCACUGUCUAACCGAUCCUCCGCCUUAUUUUCCCCCUCUGAGAUGUUGAAGUUUGAACUCUGAUUCGCCUUUCUGAAGUCAGAUAUGAGUUUACAGAUCUGUACUCAUCGUUCUCUUCUAGUGUUUGUUGAAGUCGAGGUGUUACAUCUCCGAUCUGCCGCUUUAAUCUUUCGAACGAGCUAGGAUUUCGUCGAGUGAAAAAUGUCGGGCAAAGGAGUAAAAUGUUUGAUUAUAGGCAAUAAUGUCGCACUCAACAAUGAUAAAGACAAGGAUAAGAAGAAACCUACCUCUCGAUCUUCUUGCACCGAUCUCCAGAUUUGUUUCACGUUCUCUUGCUGUCAUCGACGAUCAAUUUCAGCUAUCUCUGACGAUCAAAUCGCAUCUUCGGUUCAUCUCUCGUUCGAUGUUUCUCAAAUGUUAUCAUGUGUUUUCGACACAUUUUUUUUAAUAUCUGAUCGAUUUUUUGAUGAUUUCAGUCAGUUUUGUUGUUGAUUUUUUUAUAUGCAAUCGUUUUGUUGAUUUAUAAAUAUGUUUCUUUGAUCGAUUUAGAAUUUGUCUUUUUGAUGUUCUAAAACUCAAG